AUGGCGCCACCACUUUUAAAAACAGCAUUCAAACAGGUUAAGGUCCUCCAGUCGUUUUACACUGGAGGGAAGUGCGCUUUGUCCGGUGAUGGUCGAAUACUUGUUAGCACAUUGGAUGAAGAUGUCAUCCUUACGGAUAUGGAGACUGGUCAGGAGCUGGCGAGGGUUGAAGGAGAUACAGAAAUGAUAUCUACACUAGCUAUUACUCCCAAUGCCUCUCACCUAAUCACUUGUUCGAAGUCCUUCACGAUGCGGAUAUACACUCUCACAGUCACACCCACCGGCAUAACUGCGACCCUUGCCCGUGCCGUAAAGGCCCAUGAUGCACCUGUCAUUACAUCAGCAAUCGAUCCAACGGGAACUUUAUUUGCUACUGGCGGUUCCGAUGGUCUUGUCAAAGUUUGGGAUAUCAAGGGUGGUUUCGUCACACACAAUCUACGAGGGCAUGGUGGUGUUAUUUCGGCGCUUUCUUUCUUCGCACCUCCGGACAGGAAUGCUAAGAAAUGGAGGCUUGCCUCCGGAGCCGAUGAUACGAAAAUUAUUAUCUGGGAUUUAAGUACUAGGAAGAUGGUGAAGACCUUGGAAGGUCAUAAUAGUGUGGUGAGAGGGUUGGAUUGGAGUGUAGAUGGGAAAAUACUUGUUAGUGGUGGUAGAGAUGCUGUCUUUAUCAUCUGGGAAACGAAGGAUUGGUCAGCUAGGGGUCAAGUUCCUGUUAUCGAGACCCUAGAGACUGUGGGGCUGCUGGCACCCGGCGCUAAGGUUGGCCAGAGCGAAGGCGACAAUUCACAGGUGGUGUAUACUGCUGGUGACAAGGGUUCGAUAAGACUAUGGAGCUCGAGUACAGGAAAGUCUAUUCCAAUGGCGAAGACUGAUCAGGAGGAUGAAAUUGUGGAUGUGAUAUACUCGAAGAAAACCAAUUCGAUAAUAUCGGUCCAUAACGACCAAACCCUCCUGGUUCGCUCUUUAGCCCCAAAUCUCCCAAUCGCCCGACGGAUAUCAGGUCACCAUGACGAAAUUAUCGAUCUUCAAUACCUAACCUCAAACGACUCUCUUAUCGCGUUAGCCACAAACAGCGAAGACAUCAGAAUAUUAUCGCCAAAUGAAGGAUCCUUCGGUGAUAUCGGCGUUCUAAAAGGUCACUCUGAUAUCGCAAUCUGCCUAGACCGGGAUUCAACCGGCAACUGGCUUCUUAGUGGCGGAAAGGACAACGAGGCUAGACUAUGGAAAAUCGACCCCGAAAAUCCUCUCCAACAUGAAAGGUUCACAUGCUACGCCAGAUUCGUCGGACACACCGAAUCCCUUGGCGCGGUAGCUCUAUCUCGUUCGGAACCAAAUGAAUCGUCGUCAUUCCCCACACCACCGAAAUUCCUAAUCACAGGUUCCAAAGAUUCGACAAUCAAACGCUGGGAGGUGCCAAAGGCUCCAGAAGGGCAAAAUAAUGUUAUCAUUAAAUCUUCGAAAGCUUUAUUCACGCGAAAAGCCCACGACAAAGACAUAAAUUUCAUCGAUAUCUCCUCUGACGACAAACUCUUUGCGACAGCAUCGCAGGAUCGAACGAUCAAAGUGUGGUCUGCGGAAACUGGUGAAACAGUUGGUAUCUGUAAAGGCCACAGGAGAGGUGUUUGGUCGGUAAGAUUUGGGCCUUCGCAUGUUACUGCGAGCACCGUAGGCGGAGAAGGGGCGGGGAGGCUUUUGCUCUCUGCUAGUGGUGAUAAAACUGUCCGACUGUGGAAUUUAGCGGAUUACAGUUGCCUAAAGACGUUUGAAGGACACGCGGGGAUCGUAUUGAAAGCGAUGUGGCUGAAUAACGGAUUACAAGUCGCAAGCGCUGGCGGUGAAGGUCUUGUUAAGAUCUGGGAGGCAAGAACUGGAGAAUGCGUGACCACAUUAGAUGGUCAUGAAGAUAAAGUCUGGGCCUUAGCCGGAAGUCGGGACGAGAGUAUUAUUGUGACGGGUGGUGGAGAUUCGGUUGUCAGCUUUUGGAAGGAUGUGAGCGAGGAGACCAGAGAGGAAAGACAGAAAGAGGAGGAGAGGAAAGUUGAACAGGAACAAAAACUGGCAAACUACAUCCAAGCUAAGGACUAUAAGUCUGCUAUCAUACUGGCAUUGGAACUCAACUAUCCUUACAAACUUCUCAAUCUCUUUACAGCGGUAAUCAAUUCUCCUGACGCAGAGAAAGAUUCAAUCAUCGGUCUUAAAUCUGUUGAUGAAGUAUUGGCAAACCUGAAAGACUACCAUCUAUACCUACUCCUUUGCAGAAUCCGUGACUGGAAUACAAACUCGAGGACUUCUAAUGUUGCACAAAGGGUACUAUCGGUACUAUUACGCUCGUUUCCUGCCGAGAAAUUUGUAGAUUUGAAAGUCCCGACAAGGAAGAAGACAGAAGAGGAAGGAGAAGGACAAAAGAAGAGGAAGGGGGAAACUAUGAUUAUUAAGGAUAUCAUGGAAGCCAUGGAGAGGUACACAGAGCGACAUUACGGAAGGGUUUCGGAUUUGGUUGGAGAGAGCUACAUUGUGGAGUACACUUUAAAUCAGAUGGAAGAGGCGGCCUUUGUCGAUGAUAAGAAGGUGGCAAGGGCUUUGGUUGGCAAGGGACAGGUUAACGGAAUCCAUGACGACGAUAGUGAAGAAGAGGGGGUUGCCGACAUUGAUAACAAUGAGGAAGAAGUAGCAUCUGAGGACGAAGAUGAAGACGUUGAGAUGAAAUGA